AAUCAACGAAGCAUCGAACAUCGCGUGCUUGUCAUCGCAUCGCCUGUUUCAGCAUAAGAGCAAACCACGAUGAUUCGAUAUUGAGCAUUUUUCUUCUCCUUUUGUUGUUCUAUUCGCCAUUCUUUUACUAGCUCCUAUUUCUACCAGACCCGUUGAUUUCCGCGAGCGUAUCUUGAGGACUUCUCUAUAGAUUACAGAGCGACUCCGCAGUGGGAUAGAGAACAGCAAUAGCCAUUGCAGACGAAAGAGGAUUGUCAUGAGCCUCGAUUCGGCUUCCAAGGGCCCCGAUAUCUACGCACCCACGGCGACGUCGUCAUCUUCCUCAUCUCUGUUCUCAUCAUCAUUACCUCCGUUCAGCGGCGACAAUCGCCACGAUGCAGCACAAUUGAGUAAUGCAGAAGAUACUGGGUUGAAACACACAUUGAGUCAGUUCCUAAGCAGAAGAAGUACACCAGAACCGCGCACAAUGGACAUGGCCGCGGAGUCAGCGGUCGUCCCUGGGGAUGAUUAUGAGUAUGAGACUCGGCCGCCAUAUAUUCAUGUAUGUUCUUUUUUUCUUUUCUAGGUGAAGACGUGUUGGAUACCGUCCAACAACACUAUUGUUAAAAAGGCUGAUUUAUUUUCCCGCUGGGUUGAAGUCCAUGCUUGCAGGUGGCAUAGGCGGUUCAUCCGGUGAUAUGCUCAUGCACUCGCUCGACACAGUCAAAACCCGCCAACAGGGCGAUCCACACAUGCCACCGAGAUACGGUUCAACGUCAGCAUCGUAUCUGAAAAUCUUUCGCGAGGAAGGGUUUCGAAGAGGUCUUUACAGCGGUGUGAGUCCGGCAUUGAUGGGAUCAUUUCCUGGGACUGUGAUAUUCUUUGGGACGUAUGAGUGGUCUAAAAGACAUAUGAUUGAUGCGGGGAUUAAUCCGACGAUAUCCUACCUUUCUGCCGGUUUCAUUGCUGAUUUAGCUGCUUCAGUGGUCUAUGUACCAUCUGAAGUGUUGAAAACACGUUUACAACUUCAGGGACGUUAUAAUAACCCCUACUUCAAAUCCGGAUACAAUUAUCGAGGAACAGUAGAUGCAUUCCGAACAAUCGUUCGAACCGAGGGAUUCGGCGCCAUGUUCUCAGGUUAUAAAGCCACCAUCUUCCGCGAUCUACCAUUUUCUGCGCUGCAGUUUGCAUUUUAUGAGCAGGAGCAGGAAUGGGCGAAGAAUUGGGUGGGAUCUCGGGAUAUCGGAUUGACUCUAGAGAUUCUUACAGCGACGACGGCGGGUGGUAUGGCGGGUGUUUUGACAUGCCCGUUGGAUGUGGUUAAGACUCGGAUUCAGACGCAACAGAAUCCUGAUGCGUCGCCACAGAAAUCUUCGCAAGCAUCUGUAUCAUCGAAAAAGGAUAGUCGACCCCAUGGGCCUAGCCAACAUACAUCAUCAUCUUCGUCAUCGCCGUCAUCAUCCUCCAGCAAAACACAUUCACGACCUAUAUCGACCUCUUCCCCAUCCACAUCUACACCUCAACCCGGGGCGCCCAUAUUACGCACAUCAUCCGUAUUCACCGGGCUCAGACUCAUUUAUAAAACCGAAGGAUUCGCCGGCUGGUUCCGUGGCGUUGGGCCACGCGCUGUUUGGACUAGUGUUCAGAGUGGCACAAUGCUGGUUAUGUAUCAGUAUUUGUUGAAGAAGUUGGAAUCGUUACAGGAGUCUGAAACGGCACCGAUUAUAUAAUGUCAUCUCCGUCAGCACUGCCAUAUCGCAGGCUUAUAGACAUACAUCAUACACAUCGAAUCAUAAACAUACUCGGUGCUCGGCAGGGCAUGGUAUGAGGCAUGUUUGGCGUUUAGUUAUGGUCGGGUAUGAGAAUAGAGAAUUAUUGUAGAUUAUUGUAUUAUAUCCUAUGUUAAUAGAUCUCCUACAUACA